AUGGGUGGUCUACUCAUUGUCAGCACGCUCCUUAAACUCUUGCUCAUUCCAGCAUACCGAUCAACCGACUUUGAAGUCCAUCGCAACUGGCUUGCCAUUACAUACAGCCUUCCACUAUCAAAAUGGUACACUGAAAAUACAUCCAUUUGGACACUCGAUUACCCUCCUUUCUUUGCAUGGUUUGAAAAGUUCUGGAGCGUGUUUGCAUACUAUGUGGAUCCAGUUAUGCUUGUCGUGGAUAAUCUGGAGUAUGCGAGCCAAGCAACGGUCAUCUUUCAACGCAUGACAGUCAUCCUCAGUGAGCUUGUUCUCUAUUGGGCACUCAGACGCUACCAGCGACAUUUUGGUGAUAAGCAUAUCCAUUGGUUGAUUGCAGGAUCCAUUUUCAUGCACCCAGGCCUCUUUAUCGUGGAUCAUAUUCACUUUCAAUACAAUGGCUUUCUUUAUGGCAUUCUCAUCCUUUCCAUUGUCGAAGCAAAACGUAACAACCUACUCGUGUCAGGAAUCCUCUUUGCUGCCCUGUUGAACUUUAAGCACAUUUACUUGUACAUGGCACCUGCCUACUUUGUGUUUUUACUCAAGGCGUAUUGUUUCACAUCCAAUAGUUCUUUCUCAUUCAAACGAUUCAUCACGUUGGGAGCUUCAGUUCUUGGCGUAUUCGCCGUUUCACUUGGUCCUUUUAAGAAUCAACUUCCGCAAUUACUGGGUCGUCUCUUUCCAUUCACACGAGGUCUAUGCCAUGCAUACUGGGCACCUAACUUUUGGGCACUCUAUGCAGCAGCUGAUCGGUGCUUGAUCUUUGUGGCAAGAAGGCUUGGAUGGGGAUUAAACGAAGCAGCGCUUGGCUCCUUGACGCGAGGAUUUGUAGGCGAUACACAAUUUGCAGUUUUGCCUGACAUUGCAGCCAUCCACACCAUGAUCAUCACGUUACUUGUCCAGCUGGUUGUAUUGCAAAAACUAUGGCGAUCCCCUACCGUUGACAAUUUCAUCGCAUCCUUGACACUUUGUGGUUUUGCAUCGUUCCUGUUUGGAUGGCACGUGCAUGAAAAGGCGAUUCUCAUUGUCCUUAUUCCUUUUAGCUUGAUGGCUGUCAAAAGCAAACUCCAUCUCCGUGCAUUCAUCAUUCUCAGUGUGGCUGGUGUUUAUUCAUUGUUUCCAUUAUUGUUUCAUGUUGCCGAAACUCCCAUCAAGAUCAUCUUUUCACUUGUUUGGGGACUUUUGGUCAUACCCGGUUUGGCAAGAAAUCUCAAGAUGUCCCUUUGCGAAUUAUUGAAUCCUUUGGAACGCGUCUAUCUUUAUGGAUUUAUUGCCCUGCAGCUUUACACGGGUCUGGUACAUGAUCUUGUUUUCGGUGGUCGUUUCGAAUUCUUGCCAUUGCUCUUGACGAGCGUAUACUGUGCUACGGGUGUCAUGUAUGGUUGGUUAUUAGCCAUGUACGCUUGCCUGCUACAAUAG